AUGCGAGGCGAAGUCUGCCACAUCCACAUCGGCCAGGCUGGUAUCCAGCUUGGUAACAGUGCUUGGGAGCUGUACCUCCUUGAACACGGUCUCAAGGCAGAUGGCCAGCUCAAUCCUGAGGCUGACGACGCAAUCAAUUCUGGCGGUUCGUUCGAAACCUUCUUCACCGAAACGCACAGCGGCAAAUAUGUCCCUCGCUCUAUCUUCGUGGAUCUUGAUCCUUCGCCCGUCGAUGAGAUCCGCACCGGCCAGUACCGUCAACUCUUCCACCCUGAAACGUUGAUUAGCGGAAAGGAAGACGCCGCCAACAACUAUGCCCGUGGACAUUACACCAUCGGUAAGGAGCUUGUCGAAGCAGUUGCCGACCGCAUUCGUCGUGUCUCCGAUAACUGCAACUCCCUGCAGGGAUUCUUGGUUUUCCACUCCUUCGGCGGUGGUACCGGCUCCGGAUUUGGUGCCUUGCUGCUCGAGCGUCUUUCCACCGAUUAUGGAAAGAAGUCGAAGCUCGAGUUUGCGGUGUACCCUUCCCCUCGUGUGUCGACCGCCGUCGUUGAGCCAUACAACGCUGUUCUCUCUACCCACAGCACGAUUGAGAAUGCUGACUGCACCUUCUUGGUGGACAAUGAGGCGGUUUACGACAUCUGUCGCCGCAACUUGGACAUCCCACGUCCCGGCUAUGAGCACCUCAACCGCCUGAUCGCACAGGUCGUCAGCUCCAUCACCUCCAGUCUCAGAUUCGAUGGUGCCCUCAAUGUCGACUUGACUGAGUUCCAGACCAACUUGGUACCAUUCCCUCGUAUUCACUAUCCGUUGAUCUCGUAUGCACCUGUGGUCUCGAGCAGCCGCAGCUCCCACGAGAGCUUUAAGGUGCAGGAUCUCACCUUCCAGUGUUUCGAGCCGAACAAUCAGAUGGUGGUCUGUGAUCCUCGCAAGGGCAAGUAUAUGGCAGUGGCUCUGCUGUACCGCGGUGACGUGGUACCCCGUGACUGCACCCAGGCCAUCGCCUCCCUCAAGGCCAAGGCCUCGUUCAAUCUCGUUGAAUGGUGCCCCACCGGCUUCAAGUUGGGUAUCAAUUACCAGAAGCCCGUUCGGGUUCCCGACACUGAGCUGGCUCCGGUCGACCGCUCCGUCAGCAUGCUCUCAAACACGACCUCCAUUGCUGAAGCAUGGGGCCGUCUUGACCACAAAUUCGACCUCAUGUACUCGAAGCGCGCCUUCGUUCACUGGUACGUGGGUGAGGGUAUGGAGGAAGGCGAGUUCUCCGAAGCUCGUGAGGACCUGGCUGCGCUGGAGAAGGACUAUGAAGAAGUUGCCAAUGACAGUCUGGAGCCGGAGGGUGAGGAGGGUGAGUACUGA